UAAAAUGUCCUGUACUGAAAUUGCUUAAAUCUGCAACAACUGACUAAGACUAGCGGUGAUCAUGAUUUCAUCAGUUUGCUGCAUUUUCCUCUUUUGCCUUUCAUCUUCCAUCUCUGUUGUCUUUGCUACCCCAAAAUCAAUGGUCACCCUCCUUUCAAUGCUCUCUGCAGCCUCGUCUCCUCCAGUUUUGCACCGAAAACUGUAUAAUUCUCACACUAUCCGAUGCUGUGAGGACACAGAUGGUAAUGGUAGAGUGAACCUUAAAUAUCCUGAUAAUGGUUUGGCCACUUUUCCUGAAAAGAACCUUCUUAGAAGUCCAGGCACUGUGAGGCCUCCUAGGCCCCGCAGGAUCAUUCUGGUUCGACAUGGCCAGAGUGAAGGAAACGUAGAUGAGAGCGUGUAUACAAGGAUUCCUGAUCCAAGGAUUGGAAUUACAGAGAAAGGAGUGGCUGAAGCUGAAGAACGGGGGAGGAGAAUUCGUGAGAUGAUUGAGAAAGAUGGAGCAGCUGAUUGGAAGGUUUACUUCUAUGUUUCCCCUUAUAGAAGAACGCUUGAAACACUACGAAGUCUGGGGACGGCCUUUGAACGCUCAAGGAUAGCUGGUGUGAGGGAAGAGCCUCGUUUGAGAGAGCAAGAUUUUGGAAACUUUCAGGAUAGGGAGAAGAUGAAGAUUGAGAAAGCAAUUCGGCAUGUUUAUGGGCGUUUCUUCUAUCGCUUUCCUAAUGGAGAAUCUGCAGCAGAUGUUUAUGAUCGAAUAACGGGAUUCAGAGAAACACUGAGAGCUGACAUCGAUAUCGGACGCUUUCAGCCACCUGGUGAACAAAGCCCCGACAUGAAUUUAGUGAUAGUAUCACAUGGUCUAACAUUGCGAGUGUUCCUAAUGAGGUGGUACAAAUGGACAGUAGAGCAAUUUCAUGGACUCACUAACAUGGGGAAUGGAAACAUGCUUGUGAUGGAAAAGGGUUAUGGUGGAAGGUACAGUUUAUUAAUGCAUCAUAGUGAAGAAGAGCUAAGAAAGUUUGGAUUGACAGACGAAAUGCUAAUUGAUCAGGACUGGCAAAAGUAUGCAAAACCAGGUGAAAUAAAUUACGCGACUACUGGAUCAUCUUUCUUCACCCACUUCCAUGAUGACGAGAACAGAACCUAGGUAACAUUCAUAUUCACCAGUUUUGGUUGCGGAGUUGGAGGCUAGGAGCUGGAAAUUUUUGUAAGACAGACAUGACAGAGCUCGAUGGGUGCAGUCAACAAGAAACAUAGUUGUAUAUGGUGAACAGGUGAAGUGCACAAAUCUGUAUAUAAAACUAGCGUUGAAUGACUGCAGAGAAGAGUAACUAGAAUGAGCAUGCUAAAGAAUGAAUUUGCACUUCUGUUUUUUGUGGGAAAAUCAGAUUGUUGAUUUUCUAAAAUUGGUGUCUGCUAGUAGGAUGCCUAUCCAAUGAUGGUAGUAAAAACUUUAUACCCUUUGAGAAGCUCUUCGUCUUGUUCUUUAUGGAAUGUUCCAAGUUUUAUUUGAAUGUCUGUCAAUGA